AUGGCUAUAUCGGCACUGAGCCUUUCAUUCUUACCAUCAUCAUCAUCGUCAUCUUUCAAACACCAUCAUCAGCAUCGUUAUUUAUUCAUCAUCAUUAUUUUCAUUAUAAUUAUUAUUAAAACUAUAAUGGUCGAGCCUGUACUAACCUCCUACACUUCCUCCUCUCAACAACAACAACAGGACUAUAUGGGAUGGAAACUUGAAUUUAAUUCGACCAGCCUUGCUUCGGGACCUUCAGCACGAUUUGACUUUGCUUUUGCUUCUACUCCUGAUCGAUCUCUGACCAUGUUGUACGGAGGGACUGGAAAUAAGUUUGUUACAUUGAGUGAUUUGUGGAUGUUUGAUCAUCAAGAGUCUACUUGGACACAAAUUGAAAGAAAAGAAGGGAAGGCGUGGCCACCUGCUUUGAAAGAUGCCUCUGCAGUGAUGUGUGGAAAGCACUUUUACGUGAUUGGAGGAAAGAGUGGAAAGACUUCUGUGAAUGGACAGAUUUGGAAGUUUGAUCUGAGCUUGAGAGAGUGGAUUGUUGUGAACAAUGAUUCGAAUGAGGAACAAGUUAAAAUUGCUUCCAAGUUUGGCCAUUUUACAACUUGUGUCGAUAAUUCUUAUAUUCUCAUGUUUGGAGGUUCGGAUGUGAAUGAUAACUUUUAUAAUCAAGUUUAUGUAUUCUCGUUGAUUAAUUAUCAAUUUACUGAAAUCAAACCAGUUGGCAACAGUCCAGUUAUUUCACCUAGAAUGUAUGCUCCAAUUCUUUAUAGUGCAAUGAGCCAUUCCUCAAUUUAUGUAUUUGGUGGGUAUGUUAAGAGUGGCAAUGGAUCCGUCAACACUGAUGACAUGUGGAAGUUUAGUUUGAUAACCAAAGAAUGGACACAAAUCAAUAAGCAACAAGUUUGGCCACCAGCAAGAAGUGGUCAAUCUAUAUUUCAAACAAGCACAAGCUCAUCUGCAUUCUUUAUCUUUGGUGGUGAAGCUCUUUCUUCUCAAGGUAUGAAUGAUGUUUGGUACUUUGACAUGAUUUUGGAACAAUGGCAUGUUGUCAAGAGUUUAAAUGUUGUCCCAACAGGAAGAUUGGGUUCAAUGGUCAUUCAAAGAUCUCUCUCAGCUCCAAAUCAAUUCAUCUUAUUUGGUGGAGUAACAGGAUGGCAGGUUACUAAGAUUUUGGAUGACAUGUGGUCUGGAUAUUUACUUUAA